GUCGGUGGAUACGGAGGUUACAGUGGAUACGGAGGUUAUGGCGGAUACGGAGGUGAUGGAGGUGUCGGUGGAUACGGAGGUUACGGUAGAUACGGAGGUUACGGUGGAUACGGAGGAGGAUUUGGUGGCUACGGAGGAUAUUCCAGAUACCACAAAAAGUCUUGCAAAUGGUGCCACUGGGGAAAUAGGGGAGGAUAUGGUGGCAGUUAUGGUGCAGGGUAUGGUGGUGGUUACGGAAGUUAUGGCGGUGGUUAUGGAGGUUAUGGCGGCGGUUAUGGAGGGUAUGGCGGUUAUGGUGCCGGUUUUGGUGGUUACAGAUAUGGACACAAAUGGCCCAAAAAGGGAUAACAUGGACACCACGAUACUUCACAGCAAUUUCCAAGGACCUUAAAUAACAAGCAAAAUGCAUGAAUACUUGAAUAUAAGUUGCAAAUAAACAGCCGUUAAAACUUAAAA